CCAAUCCAAUAGUCAAAUACGUUUCGCAGUAGCCGGAGGAAGAGGAACCCAAUUGGAAAUGGAGGACGACGAAGAAAAUCCGCCACUUGCAGUUGAAAUUGACCAAUCCACAGGGCCUUAUACCAACGGUCAACCCUUAAACGACGACGCAGAGGUCUCCGUCGGGGUCACCGUCAUCACCGGCUAUCUGGGUGCUGGUAAAUCCACUCUGGUUAAUCAUAUAUUGAACUCCAACCAUGGAAAAAAGAUUGCUGUGAUUUUGAAUGAGUUUGGUGAAGAAAUUGGUGUGGAAAGAGCAAUGAUUAAUGAAGGAGAUGGAGGAGCACUUAUUGAAGAAUGGAUUGAGCUUGCAAAUGGGUGUAUUUGUUGUACUGUCAAACAUAGUUUGGUUCAAGCUCUGGAGCAACUUGUCCAGAGGAAGGAAAGACUUGAUCAUAUAUUGCUGGAGACUACUGGGCUAGCGAAUCCGGCUCCUCUUGCAUCUGUUCUAUGGUUGGAUGAUCAGCUGGAAUCCUCGGUCAAGCUUGACUCAAUUAUCACUGUUGUUGAUGCCAAAAACCUCCGGUUUCAGCUGAAUGAGCGUUGCAGUUCAUCUUCAUUUGCUGAAGCAUUUUCUCAAAUUGCAUUUGCGGAUGUUGUAAUUCUUAACAAAGUUGAUUUGGUUUCUCCAGAGGGGUCUGGGGGUGUUUUGGAUGAACUGGAGAAGGAGAUACACAACAUUAACGCACUUGCUUGUAUUAUUCCUACAGUUCGUUGUCAAGUUGAUCUGUCCAAAAUAUUGGACUGCCGGGCCUAUGAUGCUACACACAACACUCGAUUAGAAGGACUAUUGGAUGGAAGUCAUGCUCUAUUAACACAAAGUCUUCAUGACAGUGCUGUGCGAACCUUGUGCAUUUCUGAGCACCAGCAAGUUGAUCUUGAUAAGGUUCGCCUAUGGAUUGAGGAGAUUCUUUGGGAUAAGAAAUAUGGAAUGGAUGUAUAUCGUUGCAAAGGGGUUUUGAGAGUCAAAAAUUCCCAUCAGCUUCAUACUUUGCAGGCUGUGAAGGAAAUAUAUGAGAUUGUUCCAGCACGUGAUUGGAAGAUUGAAGAAACUCGGAUGAACAAGAUAGUUUUUAUAGGUCAUAAUUUGAAUGAAGGUGUUCUUGCGGAUUCUUUUAGAGAUACUGCAACUUUUUAAACCAUGAAACUUGCACAGUUUCUCUAGACAGACAUUUGAAGAAUUUUGUUUCAGUAAAUAUUUUUUAUGUAUUAAUAGCAUCGUUGAGAUAAUCCUCCUUUUUCGUACUUUUAAGUAAAGUUUCAUUUUGAAUCAUAUAGAUAAUUAAUAGAAGAAAAAUAUUAUUUUAA